AUGCAAAACAGGACACCCAGUGUGCUCACUGCACUAAGCCAGGGAACAUUUGUCAGCGAGGAUGUUUAUGAAGCUGAAGUGAUCCCAUCCGUAUUUGCUCUAGAGAAGCUUCAGUACUACUCUGCCCAUCCAAAUUUGGCCCAGUUCUAUGAGCCUUGGAAGCCUACAGCCCUGCAUAAAUUCCUGCACCGAAACAAGAGAAUCAGAAGCUUCGUGUUAAAAGUAGUAGAGUAUGAUCAGGAUAAGACUGAGCUCAUUAUGACCAACAACCCCCCUCCUCGCCCCUUCAGCCCACAAGGAAAGGACACCGCCCCUAAAUACUUCUCCGAGGAUUGGCUGACCAAGGUAAUUCAGCAGCAGUGCAAACCCACUGAACGCACAGACUUGUCCCUGAUGUCUUGGGAACAAAAGGUCAGACCCCAGCUGAAACCGGUCUUCGUUAUGACCAUGGUGGACAGUCCUGAAUCCAAGAAGGAACAAUGGUUCAGGUUUUCCACUGACAAUGAUUUCAAGAGUAAAGGGAAUUAUUCAAAGACCUGUGCCCUGAGGAAACAGAAAACAAUGUACCCUCAGCUCAACUUUUCUCCCAACUGUAAAAGAGAUCCAGAGAAAGAAGCUUCCUCCAAGUCAGAAAGUGCAGGGUCGGCUCCCGAGGCGAUAUGGGAACCGCUGACCCUGUUAUCGCUCCUGGAAGAGAAGCCGACCAGAACUGUGCCAGGAGAGACUACCUUCCGCCACGGGAGUGCCCAGCAGUGGAUCGUGAAAAAUGCCACUGUCACUAAGUGA